UCUGAACACGUGCAAAUAUUAUUUAAAAUAUAAUUAAUACAUUGGGUUUAUUAAUUAAUAUAGUAGACAGUAGUUAUAUUAUUAUCAUAAUGGGAAAUGACAAAGAAGUAUUUGAUAAUAAAAUGCAAGAGGAUGACGAAGAAAACGAAAUGCCUACAGAAAGUAUUCUUCUUCCUAGUGAGAGUAAAUUCGGACACAUCAAAAAUAAAAUAGUUCGUGCUCAAAGAGCUGCUAAAUACAAUAAAGAAAAACGUAAACAGAAAAAAGAAAUACGUGCAGAACGAGAAAGAACAGGUGCCCCUAAAGGUGUAUCCCAUACUAUAGAAAGUCUUCGAGAAAAAGAUGAAACUACUGUAGGCGAUAUAGACGAUGAUGAAAACGCUGAGUUGCAAUUAGAGCUUGAAAACGAUGAAUUUAGUGACUAUUACCAAAAAACGUAUGCACCUAAAGUACUUAUAACAUAUUCCGAUAAUCCUUUGAAGAAAACCAGAAUCUUUGGCCGGGAACUUACACGCAUUUUUCCAAAUUCUAUAGCACGAUACAGAAACAGAUCGGGUGUGAAGAAGAUUGUAAAAAGUGCCAUAUCACAAAACUACACAGAUGUUGUGAUCAUAAAUGAAAACCGUAAAGAACCUGAAGGCCUUCUUAUAAUACACCUGCCGAAUGGUCCUACUGCACAUUUUAAAUUGAGCAAUGUUAAAAUAACAACCGAAUUGAAGAAAAGUCAUAAACAAAUCAGUCAACAUAGACCAGAGGUUAUAUUAAAUAAUUUUACAACACGUCUAGGCUUAACCGUAGGCAGGAUGUUGGGAUCUCUGUUUCAUUAUGAGCCUGAAUUCAAAGGGAGACGUGCUGUGACAUUCCAUAAUCAACGUGAUUAUAUUUUUUUCAGACAUCAUAGAUAUGAGUUUUCAAAUGAUGGUAAACGUGCUAAAUUGAAGGAGUUGGGACCUAGAUUUACAUUAAAAUUGAGGUCUAUACAACAAGGGACGUUUGAUUCGAAAUUUGGAGACUUCGAAUGGAUUAUUACAGGCAAGAGGCACCAAAUGGAGACUAGCAGAAGAAAAUUCUUUCUAUAGACAUAGGAAUACAUAUUUUUAUACUGUAUGUAUUAUAACAAAAUGUACGUU